GAAUAUUCAAAUUCAGGCGUCAGGAUGAAAAAGAUGCUGUUGAAGCUGUUCCUCAUCUGUUUGAUUGCUCCUGGAAGCAGCUCCCAGAACAACGGCCACAUUGUGGCAUGUGACGGAUCUGUUGCUGAGCUCCAUUGUGACAAAGGUCAUCUUAUAUCUGUGAGCAGAGCAAUGUACGGACGUAGUAACAAGGAGACGUGCUCCACUGGGCGCUCCCCUAAAGAGACAGAAAACAUCUCAUGCUCGGGGAGCGCAAACAAAGUUGCUCAGAGCUGUAACGGGAAGGAGAGCUGCUCUGUCCAGGUAACAAACAAAGAGUUUGGAGAUCCCUGCCCUGGGACCUACAAGUACCUGGAGGUGGAUUACACAUGUCAAGGUAUCUGCUAUUCACCAAAACUAAAACUGACUGGCAAGAAAGCAUCUCAGUCUUCAACCUACACUGAUGACAUACCAUACAUCGCUGACAGAGCCUUUGAUGGGAAUCCCUCCACGUGUUCUCACACCGAGCAGCAGACUAACUCCUGGUGGAGAAUUGACCUGCAGGGUGUUUACAAUAUUUCCUGUAUCUCUAUCUACAAUGUUGACCAGAAUGAUAAUGUUAAUAUAGACGGCGCUAGGAUCUACAUCGGGAACUCUCUGCAGAACAACGGCACCAGCAACACACUGGUUAAAAACAUCUCAGGUUUCACAAACGGCCAGAUCAAUGUCUAUGAGUUGUCCCCAUCAGUGUCGGGGCGAUACGUCACCAUCAGCAUACCAGAAAACAAAUUUAUGAUUCUUUGUGAAAUAAACAUCACUGCACCGGAAGUUGAAUCCCCCUUUGUAUUGAUCAAGGAGAACAAGACCUGGGAAGAAGCCCUGAACUACUGCAGACGUCACCACAGAGAUCUGGCCUCCAUCCUGGACCAGGAGACUCAGGCCUUUGCUGAGCUGGAGGCUGAGAAGGCCAACAGUCCCUUCGUGUGGCUCGGCCUUCGCUACAUCUGCACCCUGCAGGCCUGGUUCUGGGUUGAUAACUCUGCAGAGUGUAAACAUCGCUAUCAGAAUGGCACAGAAGAAAACUGCAACACGAGUGGAGCCAUGAAGACACAGGGAAACCAUUCUUGGUUCAACAAGUCUGAUUAUGAAGAGUUUAAUUUCAUCUGUUCAUUGCAGUAAGAUUUCUGACUGCCACAUUAUUUUAAUUUUAGGAUUGGUUUCUUGUCACAACAACCAUCUUUUUUUGACAAUAAACAGGUCUUUCUUUGUUUUUAAUAAUUUAAAACUUUUAAAUUUUUUAUAUAUAUAUUACGCAUGCUAUUCUGGCUUCCACUUACUGUAUGUAUAUUGCACAACAAAAUUAAAGGAACACUUAAUCAAGUCAGGUAAACCUGUGCAAUAUUGAUCUGGUCAGUUCAGUAGAGGGGGUGUUGAUCAGUGUCACCGACACCACCAGGUUACAUCUCAGACUAUCCAAAAGCACAAUGAUGCCCCGGUAGGGAUCUGGGAAGAGAUACUCCAGGAUAAAACCCAUCGUCUCAUAAGGGGUACGCACCGACGCUCUCAAGUAGUAAAAUCACUGAGUAGCAUUUGUAAUUGCUGCAAUGACAUAUCAGCAGAUUAGACCAGUCUGCUGCGUAAAUUUCCCAGUUUCACUUCAUGUGAUUUAAGAUUAGACCCCCUGCGGGUUAAUAAUUAUCUUUUUAAAUCAAACUAUAAUGCAUCCUAUUGUCCCUCACACAUUAAUAUUCCAUAUAUGUAUGGAUAUUCAGCAUUUUGAUUUUCAUUUAGUUAUUUGUUGUAGUUGAAUCUGGAUUUGGUGUGUUUUCAAAGUGUUCUUUUAAUUUUUUGAGCAGUCUAUUUCCCUGUAGUAGCCAACCUGGAUAUGGUUUCUAAAAUAUUUACAUAGUUGGAAGGAAAAGGCUUUGUAAUCUUUCUGUUUGUCAUAG